UUAAAUUGCAAACGAUCUUCUUUCAUCUUACUAUUUUUGUGAUUUUGAUCAAUGGAUAGUCGUAUAAUAUAUCCUGGGCAGUUUUUAAAGAUUAAAUAAUAGUUGAAUUUAAAGUGCAAUUUUUUCUAUUUAACCGCAUUAAGAUUUGCUUAUUCCUAUUUGAGACUAUGAUUUACCUUUAUAUUUAAAAAUAUUAUUGUUCAACGAUAAAGCCCAUUUGUUGCAAUUAUGUCUAGCGCUGAUAGAAUUGAUUUCGAGAUGGAAGUCGAGGUAGAAAGUGCUUCAUCUGGUCCAUCAGUAGACGUUCCUAAUCCUGCUUCUCCUGCAGCACCUCCUCCGGGAGUCAACAAAAGUGUUGUGGUUACAAAUGCUUCGUCUGGUUCUGUUACCGUGUCACUUCAUCCUUUAGUUAUUAUGAAUGUCUCGGAACAUUGGACCAGAUUACGAGCACAAGAAGGCUCUCCACAAACAGUGGUUGGGGCACUAAUAGGUAAACAAAAAGGAAGAAAUAUUGAAGUGAUGAAUUCAUUUGAACUUGUAUUCAGUGUUAUUGAAGGGGAUAUUGUUAUUGAUAGGGACUACUAUAAUUUAAAGGAAGAACAAUUUAAACAAGUAUUUUCUGAAAUGGAUUUCCUGGGAUGGUAUACAACUGGAGAAACUCCGACUGAAAGGGACAUUGCAGUACACAGACAAAUUUGUGAUAUUAAUGAAUGUCCAGUUAUGUUAAUGCUACACCCAGGUGGCAGGAAUGGUGAGCAACUGCCAGUAGAUCUAUAUGAAUCAGUAAUAGAUGUAGUGAACGGAAGAGCUACAAUGCUACUUGCUCCACUUACAUAUACUUUGGCUGCUGAAGAAGCUGAGAGAAUUGGAGUGGAUCAUGUAGCUAGGGUAUCGUCUGGUGAAGCAGCAUUUAACAGCUUAGUCGCGGACCACUUAACAGCCCAGCGGUCAGCUAUAAAAAUGCUAGUCUCAAGAGUAAGGGCAGUGCUCAGUACAGUACGGGCAAUAAGGGAUGGUACCUUACCUCCAAGGCCAGCAUUACUUAGAGAAGCGCGAGCUUUAGCUAAUCGUCUGCCUUUGCUUACAUCACAACAGUUUCGCACACAUUUCUAUAAUCAAUGCAACGAUGUGGCGCUCAUGACUUACCUGGGUACAAUCACUAAGGGAUGUAACGCUAUCAACCAGUUAGUGAAUAGAUUCAAUGUGAUGUAUGACAGACAGGGUGUGGGACGGCGCAUGAGGGGUCUUUUCUUUUAGGGGGGACGUUAAAAGCCACAGAAAAUGUCAAUUUAUUUGCAUCUUUUUAGUUAUCUUAAUUUUGUUUUUUAAGGCGUAAGUUUAUAUUUUUAAUUUUAAAAUUUUUUUUCGUUGCAUUCAUAGGUAACAGUUUUUUUUGUUCAAGUCUCUUCUAUAAAAUGUGUUUGUCGUGUAAAUGAAGGAAUUCACUUUUUAUAUAUCAAAUUACAUAAAUAGUCAAAAGUCUUAAGAUUUUAGAAGAUUUGUUGUUUUAAAUCAGGUAUUUUUAUUCAUAUAAACUAAAUUAGUGAAUGACCUAAUUGAGGGCUUAGAACGAUAUUUGUUUCCAUAGUUACCAUUCUUUUAAUAUAGUAAUGAUUACAAACACGGCACUUGUAUCCAGGUUUUACAAGAAGACAUCUGAUUUCAUCACCGCGGAGGCUUAAAUGCAUUAUAUUCGGCCAAGAUACGUUAAUACGUAUGAACGAAAGAGUAGUACUUAACACUAUAAAGCUGAAAAUAAUUGUAUCAUACAGAACAUCCAAGCGGAGAGAUCUUAAAACGAUAUUAAAAUAUAAUUUUUAAUCUGUAAGUUACUUACGAGUUGAUAACAUUUUCUGUGGCUUUUUGGCUGUAUUUCAAGAUGACACUUAUAAAAAAAAUUUUUUUUACUUUCAAUUUAUAGAUACCAAAUAUGGCAACAUCAAGAAUGUUCACAAAUUGUAAACGAUCUUAACCUACCAUGACCAAAAUUUGUAUUAUCGUGUAUUUUACAAUACACCUAUUGUAUUAUUCAGCUGCGUCACUUUUUGGCCCAUUAAUUUUACUAUGUUGGUGCAUUAUAAAAAUGCUUAACACAAAGCAAAAAAUUAAUGAAAUAAUAAAUUAGUUAGUUACCGAUGUUUAAUUACCUUAUUUAUUUCGAUCCGUGGUCUUAUAGUUCGUUUAUAAAGGAGCGCAGAUACAAAUCUAUUAUGAACAUUCUUUGAUAUGUAUGUAACAUGCUGUUAAAAUUGACAAGUCCAGAAGUACAUUAUGACAUAUUACAUCUUGGAAUAUUGGCCAAAAUGGUUGACGCCCGUUUACUCUUAGGAUAAAGUUCUCAUGUUGCUGUAAGUUUUUAGAAUAUUAUGUACUGAAACUUCCAAUAAAACGUUAUGAGUC